AUGUGCCUUCCGUACGGAGAGGCCGAAGAUAAGCAGCGAGGACAUCUCCGCCCGCUAUCUCUGACGUUCAUUGGCAAAGGUAAUGUCGCUCUUCACGAUUACCGAUAUGAUUUAGUAGCAGUUCCCUUCGGCAUUUAUGACCGACCGAGUCGAGGAAGAUCAUUAUGCAAAAUAUUUAAUACGGCUUCGCGUCAGUUUGCCUUUAUGCCUAUUAACGAUUUUAAGCCGUAUAAUCUCGAUCCAGCCCCGAACCCGAAAUGA